AGUGCCGGAGGGUAGAGAGAAAUAGAGAGAGAAAUAGAGAGAAAUAGAAAUAGAGAGAGAGGGGGGGAGCAGGUAGAUUUGGGGUACAGGAUGGUGGAGCAGAUGUCCCCAGGUGGGGAGCAGGGUUAUAUCCGCACGGUGUUGGGGUACCAGGAGUUGGACAGUUCUUCCCUGGCGCUGCCCUCUGAGGAGAGGCUGAAUCUCAGCGCCAGGGAAUCUGAGGACAAAGCCCAGAGAAUUCAGCAACAAGUCCGACUCACACUGUCCCAGAGGAGCAACAUGAGCGCGGGGAACAGGAGUCGCCAUUAUGCCACCAGCCUUCCAGAACAGGGUCAUUACAUUGGAGGUUUUAUGCAGAAAGAAGAGUUUUCCUCCAAACAUUAUGACACCAUAAAGGAUCACAGAGGGGCUGGAUUUGAGAAUGGGGUCGGAGGGAACAAGGGGAAGUUUAGAAGCAAAUCCGACACCAGUCGGCCGACACUGAGGCGCGAUGUCUCCCCCGAGAGAGAAAUCACUUUGUCGCCAUUUUACGCAGACGCCACCAGCUCGGGCAAUCGCUGCGGCCAACCGCAUAUCGUCUUGAACCCGUACAGAAUGGCGAGCCGAGCGCAUCAGAACCUCUCGCAGCAAUUCCGGCAAGAGACCACCGACUCGAUGUUUCCCAGCAGCCCCCUCUCUAGUCUGUUUGAGAAGGAGAACUACAAAUCCCUGCCGGGCGCAGUCGGACAAGUGAGGGUCGGGCAGACUAUGAGGUCCAAAUGGAACCAGAACAUCGCGACAACCGGGACCGGAGAUUCCUUCAACUUCACUUUAGGCAUCGAGAAACGGAACCCCCUGCUGGCCGGGGCGACCAUGCAACGAGGGGGGGCACAGGUGGAAAUGUAUGUUGGGAAUGUUCCAUCGCUGCUGGAGGUGGAGAUGACUCUGGAGAGAGCCGUGAAUGUUCUGCAGAGCGAAACUUCCCCCUCCCACUGGUUGGCAACCGCCGGCACUUUCAUCCAACACCAAUGUUUCCAAAAGUCCGAAGCCCGGAGACAGGUUUAUAACCUCGGGGGGGUCCCCCAGCUGAUCAGACACCUGAGGAGCGACAAUGUACAAGUGCAGCGGGCGGUGUGUGCGGCUUUGCGCAACUUGGUGUUCGAGAACAACGACAAUAAACUGGAGGUGUGUGCGCAGCACGGGGUCGCCGUGGUCCUCAAUCUGCUGAAGGAGACGCACGACUUGGAGAUAAAGCGGCAAGUCACAGGGUUGUUGUGGAACUUGUCUUCCAAUGAUCAGCUGAAGAGCUGCCUCAUCAGGGACGCGCUCAAGCCCCUCACCAGAACCAUCAUCAUCCUCAGCUGUGGGGGGGGCGAGGGAGAAUAUUCCAAAAACUCCGACCUGACGGACCCCGAUAUCUUCUAUAAUGUUACCGGCUGCCUCAGGAACUUGAGCUCUGCAGGCCCAGAAGGGAGGAAGGCCAUGCGCGACUGUGAGGGUCUCAUUGAUGCAUUGGUGCAUUACAUCAGGAGGAGCAUCGCCAAUUACAAACCUGACAACAAGGCCACAGAGAACUGCGUGUGCGUCUUGCACAAUCUCUCGUACCAACUGGAGGCCGAGCUUCCCACCACUUACACCCACUCCAUCCACCGCCCCAGCCGCGCAGCCCCCCAGCCCGACCAGAGCGUCACUUGUUUUGGAACCAGAGGCAGAAAAAUAAAAGAGCAAUGGGGAGACCCCCCAAAAAUAGAGGAGAAGAACAACCCGCGGGGAGUGGAAUGGCUGUGGCACUCGAUCGUUGUGAGACUGUACCUCUCCCUCAUCACUAAGAGCAACCGGAAGUACACCCAGGAGGCAGCACUGGGGGCCCUCCAGAACCUCACUGCUGGGGAUGGGCCUAUGUUGUCGACUGUCGCUCACAUGAUCGUUCAGAAAGAGAUUGGGCUACAACACAUUAAGAAAGUACUUAAUUCAAGUGAUUCGGGGGUGAAACGGACGGCAGUCUCGCUCCUGAGAAACCUGUCUCGCUACUCCAACCUCCAAAAUGCGAUCGCAAGAGAAGUUCUGGUGGAUCUGGUGCAGUUGAUCCCGGGGAGUGUCCCAGACGCGGGUGUAGCCAAUGAGACGGCGGCGUCGGUCUGUUACGUCAUCAACAACUUGAUCUGUAAAAGUUCAGAGAACGCACGGACGGUUCUUAAUAACGGAGGGGUCCCGAAACUGAACAGUCUCAGCGUCAGUAAUUUGGCUACCAAGACUGGCAAGGCGGCCUCCAUUGUUCUGUACAACAUGUGGACCCACCAGGAUUUGCACGGCACCUACAAGAAGUCCAUGUACAAGAAGGCAGAUUUUGUGAAUCGGCGCACCCUGAAGGCUUACAAUUCACUCAGAGACUGAAUAUUUGUCUGAGGUCAGAGGAACAGCGAGAGAACCGAACCGUAUUUACUAAUUACUGUGCAAUAGCAAUUAAUGAGAAUGUCA